GACUCCGUCUAACAGGAAGUGCCUUCUAAUGAUUAGCCUUUAGAACUGUAAGAUAAACUUAGCAUCAACAAAAUGCUGAACGAAAGUGAACUUGCCACUUUGCGGAAUAGAUUUAAGAAAGAUGCCGAGUUUCUUAUGCAAACAAGGACACAUGGCGACGAAGAUGAGAAGAGUCAGGAAGAAAAAGAUGCUAAGCCUCUCCCUCGCAUUAACAGACACUCCAUUUUCUGGAUCGUGGCAUCUGUAGCUGUUACCUACUAUGUGGAUUUCCUCAACAACAUCAUAGAGAACGAUGAUAUCAAAAGUUGGUGGUUCAAUGUGGGUCUGGUCCUCCUUGGGAUCUGCCUGUCUCUGGCCAUGUUUUGCAUCGUGUAUCUGGAAUGGUACAAAGGCAUCAAUCACUACGAACUAGUGUACCCUGCCAUUCCUCCCGUCACCACCGCAGCCUUCAUUGCUGCAUCUUGCAGCUUAAACAUUGCCCUGUGGCCAGUGUGGUCCUUCUUCACUCCGCUCAUCCUCUUCACACAGUUCAUGGGUGUGGUCAUGUUCAUCUCUAUGCUCGGGUGAAGAUGAUACUCUUUCUUUUUGUACAAAAAGCUCUGUCAUUUUAAUUUGCACAAAAUGUCUUCUUUUUUAUGAAUAACAUUGUAUUUGGUCUCCAAUCGGACAUAUUAAUAUGGUUGUUGUUGUUAAACUUUGAAUAUGCUUUUUACUUAAAGAAUUGGGACAAUGUUGAGUUUUCUUUGAAUGGUUCCCCCCCUUUACAUUCACUUAUUUCUUAAACAAUGCUCUGUCGCAUCAACACACACUUUAGUUUAUUCAGAUAACAUGCACUUCAAAAAUCUUAGACACUCCAGCGCCAACAGAAAUGUUCCCAUCCUCCCUGCCAUUGUUUCCCGUCUGUCCCUCACACCUUCCAGUCUUAAACCUGCAGCAGAUGUAGACCGUCCUGCUGCAACAACACAGCUGUUGUCAGUGUGUAUUGAUGCUUUAGGCUGGGGCAGGUCAGCAUUGUGGUGUGUGUGUAAGCUGAUGGCGUAACCAUCUCAGUUUAUGAUUUGUCACGUCUAUGUUUUAUUAAAGAAAAGAAUGUGUCGAGAUGUCAAGCAUUGUGUAGAGAGUUGGCAAACAGCACUAGUGUGAUGAAUGAUUCGAGAAUAAGCCUUUUUCACAGAAGACAUUUUGGCGUGUUGCAGUGAGAAAAGGUGUUCCCUAAUAGCUGGUGGCUACUGAUGAUAUUUAAGGUCAAAUGUUUUUCAGGGAGCCCACAAUUCACACAACAGGGCCUUAAAACCAAAGCAGUUAAGUGGCAUUUAGUCUCUGUUCAUUUAUUUUAUUUAAAUGCACCUGUGCUAAUCCUAAUGUGACAAAUGUCCUCGGUGAAAAUGGCCGUGUGUAUUGCUAUGUGUGUGUAAGCAAUAGAAAGAAAUUGUUGUUACUGUUAAUGAAACUAACAAAGAUUUCGAAAUCAUUGAAGUCAUUGAAAAUGUUUUCUUGUUAAUAAACAUUUAUAACUUUUCACUA